CUUUUCCCAACGACAGCCGCCAUCCGCCCAUUGCGGUCCAACACAUGCCGCGAGGUCUUUCGGCCGUCUUCUUUUCGUCUCUUCUAUUUUAAUAGAACAGCACUCCGCCCACUAUGGCUGGUGGGCACAUGAAAUACCGCCACCUCAGCCGGUCGUCGUCGCAUCGACAAGCCCUCCUGCGCAACCUCGUCACAUCGCUGUUCAAGCACGAAUCGAUAACAACAACAUGGCACAAGGCGAAGGAGGCGCAGAGGCUGGCUGAGAAGCUGGUAACUUUGGGGAAGAAGAAUACAGAGGCAACGCGGCGGAGAGCGCAUCAGAUAUUCUACACCCCGAAUGAAUUGGUACCUAAGCUCUUUGGACCUAUACGGGAACGAUACCUCAGUCGCCCUGGCGGCUAUACCCGCAUUCUCCGCCUCGAGCCCGUCAAGGAAGACCAAGCCGAAUCCGCAAUCUUGGAGCUCGUCGACGGACCAAAGGACAUGCGCUUUGCCAUGACCGCGAAGACACUCUCGCGAUUACCGGAGAACAAGCAGCCGAACGAGAUCACAGCCAAGAACGUCAAGAAGGUGACGCAGUUCCGCAAGGCUGGCGUCGAGCAGCUACGGCACAUGGUCGCGAGGAUGAGGGGAGAGCACGAAGAAGGAUGGGACAACAGGACUCUGCUUGGCCCGAAGCGAGUCUAUCUCCUAGAAGAGAAGGUCAAGAGAGAUAUGCACUAUCCGGAAGAGGUGGACGACUGGCAAUUACCUAACUCAUACAAAGUAGAGUUGGGAGUGGAGGCGCCUGCACGAACAUACAAGUGGGAUCUCGGGAAGGUUUUGAAGCAAAAGCGGGCCGAGAAAGAGAAACAGUUGGAGGCCGAGAGAGCGCAACAGUUGGAGGCUGAGAGGAAAGAAAGGGAAGCUAGAGGCGGUGGAGCGCAAAAGCUCAUUGAAUAAGGUAGAGGUCCUCCUUGUUUGUAUUAUACCGUGUUUACGUAUCAGGCUUCUCGUACCCUUGGAAUAAUUCAUGGGC